ACAUUAAAUAGUGUUACAUGUUGCUAUUGUAAAUGGAUCGUAUACAACGAGCUUUUAGCAUAGUCCUAAAGUAAGGAAGCGGAUUGGUCGAUAUACUUUUGGCUCCUCCGUGAUUGGUCAAUCCGCCAUCUCCGGGCGCCUGUUGCACCUGUCGCGCGUCCUGAAGAAAGUUUAGCAGCCGUUGAGAAGUUUAGCAGAGUGGGCUGGCCCAUUGUUCAGUCCCGGAGGGGAGGCAGGGAAAUCGAAUGCGGAACAUUCAGGAAGGAAACUAAAAGCUGCCAGUCGGCUCUCCACCUUUCUGAGGAGAGGAAUGGAGUGCUCCGGGAACUCUAUCCUCCUCGAGACGCUCAAAGAAAACGUCCCAACUUCAGCUAUGUUGUCUGGAAAAAUGACAACUCACACCUAGAAAAAUAAUUACACGAACAGAGAAUUCAUUUUGGCUAGUAGUUUGACGCUAAAAAAAAAAAAAUUAAAAAAAAUGGCGUCGGAGGUGAAUUUAAACGGGAAUGAACUUUUGGAAGUUGACAUAUGCGACGGCGGCGUGUGCUCCGAAGACGAGAGCGGCGUUUUUGUCAACUCUGCCUCCUCCCUCCAGGAUGAUUUCUCCGGUUUCCAGCAGUGGACGAUCCCCGCCGAGUCACCUAAUGACACAUCAUCACCUCCGGGACAGCAGGUCUCCAGCGAGCACGGAGCUCCGCCUGGCGCCCAAAGGGCCAACACGGCCGGUGACAGUGACUCUGAAACCCAAGGAGAUGGAGUUAAAGCUCCGAGGACUUCCAUAGUGGACUGUCUGUUGGUGGAGCUUUAUGAGACGUACAGUGGAGGCAGCAGGAGGAAUGUGGACAGCUGGGACAGCUCCACGGAGGCAUCCGGAUCUGAUGCUUUUCUGGGCCGCAGUAACUCCGGGUCCAGCUUCCUCCAGGAGCUCCAGGAGAAGCACACCAGGAGGCAUCAGAUGAACUACCUGGCCCAGAAAGCCCCGGAGGAGCUGCAUUCAAUCAUCCAGGAGGUCAAAUAUCGUUCAGGCCUGCAGUCGGCCAAGCUGAUUCGCCAGCUGAGGAGACGGGACCGACUUUGCCACAAACUGCAGAAGAACUACGACAUCAUCACAGCUUGCCUUCAGGCUGUCUCACAAAAACGACGAGUUGACACAAGGCUGAAGUUUACCAUUGAACCAUCGCUGGGAAAGAAUGGAUUCCAGCAGUGGUACGACGCCCUUAAAGCAGUGGCUAGGCUCCCUACUGGGAUCCCAAAGGAAUGGAGGAAGAGGGUUUGGCUAACACUAGCAGACCAGUACCUCCACAGUAUUUCUAUUGACUGGGAGAAAACGCUUCGUUUUGCCUUUAAUGAGCGUAGCAACCCAGACGAUGACUCCCUCGGCAUCCAAAUUGUCAAGGACCUACACAGGACUGGCUGCAGUUCUUACUGUGGCCAAGAGGGGGAGCAGGACAGGGUGGUGCUGAAGAGGGUGCUGCUUGCAUACGCCCGCUGGAAUAAAACUGUGGGCUACUGCCAAGGAUUCAACGUCCUGGCUGCACUCAUACUGGAAGUUACAGAGGGCAAUGAGAGCGAUGCACUUAAGGUGAUGAUCUAUCUGAUUGACAAAGUGCUGCCUGAGAGUUAUUUUGCCAACAACCUGCGAGCACUGUCAGUGGACAUGGCGGUGUUCAGAGACCUGCUGCGUCUAAAGCUGCCCAGACUGUCCCAGCAUCUCCACCACCUUCAGAAAGCUGCCAACAGAGAGGCUGGAGGCAGCUACGAGCCUCCGUUGACAAACGUGUUCACUAUGCAGUGGUUCCUCACUAUGUUCGCCACCUGCCUGCCUGCGCCCACUGUGCUGAAGAUCUGGGACUCGGUUUUCUUCGAGGGUUCAGAGGUGCUGUUUCGGGUCGCCCUCACAAUCUGGGAGAGACUGGGAGAGAGGAUUGAAUACUGUCAGACAGCAGAUGAGUUUUACAGCACGAUGGGUUGUCUCACUCAGGAGAUGCUGGAGCACAACCUCAUUGACCCGACUGAACUCAUGCAGGAGGUUUACUCCAUAGCAGUGUUUCCUUUCCCCCAACUGGCUGAGUUGAGAGAGAAAUACACCUACAACAUCACUCCCUUCCCUACCUCAGUCAAAUCCAAUGGAAGUGGUGGUCUGGGCAGCUGGGAGAGUGAUGAUGAUGCCGACAUGGAUGAUGAAGACUCUAUGGUGACGGCGCUCGGUUGCCUGGGUCCCCUGGGUGGCCUACUGGCCCCCGAGCUGCAGCGAUAUCAGAAACAUCUCAAAGACCAGCGAGCAGAGCAGGGGAACAUCGCAGAGCUGAGCCCAGGAGCGGUGGGAGCUGGAGGGGCAGGAGGCGGAGGAGGAGGAGGUGCCAGGGCGGAGCAUCAAGCAGCAAUCAACAGCAUGAUGAUGGAGAGAAUGAGCACAGACAUCUACGCACUGAAGAAGCAAUACGCACGCAUCAAAAGGAGGCAGCAGCAACAGGCUAUGCAACUCUACAUACGCACAGGACCUGGACCUGAAGUGGCCACAAGUCCAGGGGUUCCUCAGGAGCAGCCCAACAAACAUGACGACAGUACCGACCACCACACUGACGACAAGUGCCCCGCCACCCGUGUCCUGGCCUCCCAACUCAACCCUUCCAGCUCAGUAAUCAACCACCUCCUUCUGGGUAGGAAACCACGCGGAGGGGGUUCCAGACUCACAUCCACAAAACCAGGGUGCCGACCUUCUUCUCUGUCCCAGAGUCAGGGCUCCCCGGCCAGGCAGCACUGUGGCUUGCUGCCCUCCAACAGUACUGGAUCUCCAGGGAGUUCUGCAGGAAGCGCAGGGUCGCCCUGGCGUGCUCAUGUCCGGGUACAUAGAAGGAAUAUAGCCAGAGCCCGAGCCCAGCUGGGCUUUGGAGAUUCAGAGGAAAGGGAAGAUGAGGAGGAGGAGGAGGAGGAGGAGGAAGGAGGAUCAGCAGUAUUCGAGGGUGAAGAGGAGAGGAAGAUUGAGGAAAAUGAGAGGGAUGAUGAGGAGCAGAAAGAGGGAAGUGUCUCCUCUGUGUCUCCAUCUCCUGAUCCCUCUGGCACAGGGUCAGUACGUGAAGAGGCUCCACAGGUUGAAGAUGAGACCAAAGAAGCAGAAGUUGCAGAGGUGGUGGUGCAACUGGAUUCCCUGGAUCUAGAGGAUGUAUCAAAUCUGACCUCCCCCAACAACGCAAACCCAAAUACACAACCCACACUACCAGAGUCUAAACCUAUACCCCAAGUCCCUCUUCUCCCUCCUCCGCCGUUCUCAAACAGACACAAAGAUUCUGAUUCCUCAGGUUCAGAAAGAAACACUGCCUCUGACAGACACUUUCCUUCCAUUGCUUUACCUCCACCUCACCACUCCUUCAACAUCCCUUCUUCCUCACCCUCCGCCCUGAGUCCGUCCCCCUCUCCGGUUCCUACAUUGGCUUCUCUUGGUCCGUCCUGCUCUUCCUCUCCUAUACCAACCUCCACCCCAACACCAAGCUCCACAUCCUGCCUCCCGUCAUCCCCUUCCGCUAACGGCUUCUCCUCUCUCCCUCUUCCUGCAUCCUCCACCUUUUACAAAACUUCCUCCCCCUCCACUCCCUCACUUUCCUCUAUCUGCUCAUCGUCCAGAUCUCAUAUGUCCUCCUCCCCGUCAACCCCAGCGCUCUCGUCCACCAGCGCCUUCACUCCUAAACAGCAGGUGUUUUUCCCGUUCCCUAGUGUGAAGCAGCCCAGGAAAUCGGCAGCAGCCAGAAAUCUCGGUCUAUACGGCCCCACAUCCAGAACACCCACAGUUCACUUCCCUCAGCUCAGCCGCAACCUCAACCGUAGUAGUGGUGCCGGCACCACUGGCAGGCGAUGACAACCUCUGCACUCCUGAACUGAUGCAAGAAACACACAGUGAUACAUGAUAUAAAAAAAUCAUUCUAUAACUACACCGUGUUGCCUCCUGCAUAUCAAGAAAAUAACCCAUAUCUUAUUUGAAGUAGAUUGAAAGUUCUAGAAAUGUAAAGUUCAGAUGUGCGCAGAAAUAGCUUGAUUAUUGAUGUUGAAAUGUGAAGAUUGUUCACCUGAUAAAAGGGUUAUCCUGAAAUUCACAGGCCAUUACAGACAGACAUUUAUGAACUAGUUGACUAUUAAGUGUGAAGGAAAUUUCAUCAUGUUUUGUUUAGUGUUUCAACCGCAUUGGUACUGUACAGCUAAGGUAAAGCUAACAGGACUAUAGGACUAUUAUGGCACCUUUACAGUGGCCUAUGCAGGUUCUUCUUGACCAUAAUGGAUACAUGAUUUAAAAAAAAGAUAAGGCAUCAGAUGUGAACUGUGUUUUUAGGACUCUCCAAACAGUUACAUUGCAUUUGUGCUGGACAUCUGUGUCAUAGUGGUUUGUGAGCCUUGAGAAAAGGAUUCUCCCUGUACUGAAACAUGAUGGACAAAUUCUGAUUCUGGACUCAUAUGGACCUUAUGUGGAAACAUGAUGAACUUUUUUUCCAUGAGAUUACACAGUAGCCAUCCAGUUGUUUCUAUGCCAAGUAUUUAAAAAAGCAAACAACAACAACCAAGAAACAAGAGAUACCUAAGAACUGCUGUAAAUGAAGAAUCAUAAAAACUUAGUGUGUGCCCAAAAAAACUUCCCAGUCUUUUGAUGUCCUGAUGCACUUAACAUUUUGUGUUCUGUCUAAUGGUGAAAUCCUUCUAUAUGUGUACUCUCUGUCUGUCACCUAAGCGUUGAACAAGAGGAAUGUAAUAUCUCAGCCAAUAAGUAAGCGUGAAUGGAAAUGCUACUCUGAGACCAGCUUGGCCAAGUUUGUUUUGACCAUUGGGGUGUGAAUACUGUGUAAAAGAAUGUGGCAAAUCUAAAUAUAAAAGAAUUUACUAUAUCAAAUCAUAUUGGUAGCUGUGUUCACAUAAAAUAAACCUGCACAGCACUUAAAAGGAGACCUCAAUGUUAAUUCCCAGCAUAUUCAGUAGUCCAACCACAGUGAAAGCUUUCUUACUUGGGCACUUACCACAAAGCUGCUGCUUCUCACUGGGCUUUAAAUGCAGUCCAGUAAAUAUGAGGAAACAUCCCAGUGUGGUCAGUCAUGUCAUAUCUUGGAGAAACAACCUCUCAGUGUAAAAAAAAAAAAAAAUGUAGCAGCUGCAGCUUAACAUCCUGCUUCAUUGUUUUUACAUUUGAGACUUUUGCAUCCAUGAUUUAAUUUGACUCACAGAAAUCAACCUUGGGAAUCAGCUUUUCUAAAGGACAAAUACAAGCCAAACUUUGGCAUACAUCGUAGGCUUUUGACAACAUUUAUUGCUGUAUUGAACAUUUUCCAAUCGCACAAAUAUACUACUUUGUGGGGGUGACAAAUAUUCAGUUAGCUGUAUAAAGAUGACAAUUUUUAAUCUGUUUUCCAAGUUGGUAAAUUUGUGUUUCAACCAAAGAUUGUAGCUGGAAGUGACAUAUUGUUGCUUGCAUUACCCUAAUUGCUAAAAAAAAUCGUUAAAAGUUUUAAUAUUCGAUUCUUUUAAAAAGUCCAAGUGACUCUUAUGAUUAUCUCCGUAAUCAUUCAUAUAUAAUAUAAUAAACUUUAAUAUUUUUCCGUUGCUCAAGGGAAGAAAAAGAAGUGCGGGCAGAGGCGAUGUGUCACUUCCGGCUGCCAUCUUUGUUUAGACUAACAGUUGCAGCUUGUGACACCAGUUAAAAAUCGUUACUGUAUAACAGGUGAAAUAUUUUUCCUUCCAGUUGGCUAGACGAGUGUUUUAGGAAGGUGGAAAUGUCUUCAAAACUGCGGUAAGUGUUGUCACUUGACCAUGUGUUAAGGCUAUCUUUGAGAAAAAACAACAACAAUAUAGCUGUUAGCUAACGGUUAGCAUGUGACUCAAAAUGUCUCAAAUGUAUGACUAACGUUACAUGAGAGGCACCAACUGGGGCUAGACUGUACUGCUAGUUUCCGAAUAUGUAAAAGGAGAUUUAUCAUGAUGAAAUGUCGUCUGAGAGAAGCUACAGAGCAGUUAGCAUUGAUUGGAAUUAAGUUAGCUAGUCCCAAACAGAAGUUUAGCGCUACACAUGCUCAUAUGGUCCUUUUUAAACCAAUGCAGUUGGCCCAAUGUUGAUGGAAAUAAGGUGUGCUAACAAGUUCACAGACAUAUCUUUUACAACUUCAUAAAAACAUAUGUUGCCACCAUUUUAUCUUCAGUAUACAAAUGUCUGUUCAAGAAGGUUGCAUAGUUGAGUUCAUUUUCAUUUUGUAUUGGAAAAAUGCAAAUGCACUGAUAAAGCAUUUACUACGACUGCUUCGCCUGGUUUCCACUGCCAUAAUUGAGUACUGGCUGACUCUUGGUUGUCGUUGAAAACUUUUUGUUAUUUCAACACAAUGUGUAUCAUCUUAUUCCAUAUCCUGUUACUCCCUAAACCACAGGAAUGCUGUAAUUUUGACACCAGCACGGUCACUGUUGUUCACUGAAUUUAGUUUCACGUAAAAUAGCAGUUGUGUCUAGUGUGUGUAUGAGUGUGUCUUUGUCUGACUGUACAUUGUGUGAUUGAAGACAUGUUAAAGGGAAAUGAGACAUUACUGGGAAGAGGUUUGAUCUCAACUGACGGCACUACUGCAAAUCUAAAUAAAGAAAUACUUAGAAGAAAGAGAA